CAAGACCGUAAACGCUCCUGGGAUGGAUUUCGUAGCUCAAAAUAACAGSAAAUUGUCGGUAAUGGAGAACACUUUACACAAAAGAACGAUUGGGUUAAUAUUUCUAGAAUCGUUGGUCCUAGUUGUAGUAAAUUUAUUCGCUUUGAUCGGAAAUAUCCUGAUUUGUCUUGCAGUUUAUACAAAGCCUUCUCUUCGCACCAUCACAAACAUGUUCAUUGUAACUCUAGCUAUUUCUGAUGUGGUGAUGGCUUUAGUACCCAUGCCGCUGAGCAUUGGAGCGCUCGCUUCGAGCGACUGGCCUUAUGGAUUUACAGCUUGUCAAAUUCAAGGUUUUACAAUCCAUGUACUCGUCUUUCAAUCUGUUCAAGUCAUUUCGCUGACUGCUCUCAACCGUUACUUUGUCGUUCGUCCUCUACUUCACAAAAGGAUGUUCUCAAAAAGAAMGACUUUAUCUAUGUUAAUAACUGUUUUUGUCAUAUCCUCCGUUGCUAUGGCUGGACUCCUCAAUUCAUCCCACUUCACAUUUCAUCCUGGGAAAGUAAUUUGCGUGUUCACUUUUAAGUCAAUGUCACACAGUCAGGCGUUCACAAUUUUCUUUGCUUUAACAUUCAUAUUAAUCCCACUGGUAAUCAUAACAUUCUGUUACGCGAGGGUUUUUCAAAAGAUGCGUAGGCAUAAACAUGAAUUGAAAUCAGCUGGUGGGAUGCAUGAUUCAUCUUCACGGCUAAUUCGACAGGAAGACAAAUUAUCUAAAAUUGUUCUUGCAAUUAUUCUUGGUUUCGCUGCCUGCUGGAUACCAUGUGUGAUUAUUGAUAUCAUUGAUACGCGUUAUGAUGGCUGGCUACCGAGACGAGUAUAUCUUGUCUACACGUACUUCGGGUUCGCUUCGUGUGCUAUUAAUCCCUUCUUGUAUGGCUGUAUGAAUCAACAAAUUAGAAAAGAAAUCAAGCAGAUCGUGACAUUUGGUACAAAAUAUUCCAUGACUAAAUGUUUGCGGUAGACGUACGAAGAUGAGAUCCAUUUUAAUAGAAAAUUGUAAAUACUUUUUUAACCCGAUAAACAGCACAUCGGGUGAACUAAAGAAAUAACGAAUUACAAAGAAUUUGAGAAAAAGCUGGUAAUUACGAAGUCGUUCUGAAUUACAGCCACGCCGACUUGCAAGGCGAUAGCAUAGUGGCUAGAGCCUCGAGGCAUUAGCCACAAAAAUCUAGGAUCUGGAAACAAGUUACUGUACUGUAUACCAAGCAGAAGAAAAAAAAUAAAUCUACCAAAUACAUUCAUUUGUAUUGCUAUAUAUACGUUUGUCCACCAAUACACAGA